AUGGAUCACAAAACCUUUGUCUCUGACUCCCUGAUCCGUCUGACAGGCGCGUCGGAUCCCACCGUCGUCGACUUCGUCCUCGCCACCGCCAGUACCGCCAAAUCCGCGACCUCGUUACAGGACAAACUCCUCCCCUUCCUCGACGGAAAUGCCGACGAAGUAAGCUCGUUCUGUGCGGAGCUCUACCGACGCGCAGGCAAGAAGGAUGCGUCCGGAUCCGGUGGCGCGGCGGGCCGAGACCGCAGCGAUGGCGCGUCGAAGAAGAAAUACCGAUUAGUUGAUAUGGAGCCCGAUCUGACGGACGCGGCGAGCUCGUUGGGGCCGCAGAACGUCGAGGCGGAGCGCGAUAAACAAAGACGCCGAGAGAAGGACAAGGACCGGAGUCGCGGUCGAUCGGAGAAGGAGGAUAGUCGCCGGAAACGUGACCGCAGCCGUAGCCGCGAUGAGGGCAGUCGCGAGCGGCAGCGCUCGAAGAAGCUGCGGAGACGGGCUGUGGAUGAUUUUGAGGAACGGUGGGGUGACGAGGAGAUCCCGGAUGACGACUAUGAGGAUGGGGGUGAAGAGGGGCAGGACUUUGAUGAAUCGCCACCGAAGCGCACGCGGCUGGAGGAUGGGUCGGCCUCGCCUCGGUCCACGGCCUCCGACGAAUUAGAUCCAGAAACGAAGAAGGAGUUGGAGCGCAAGCGGGAUCUGGAGGAGCGGGACGAGUUGGCCAAGCGUCUGGCUAAGAAGGAUGAUGGCAAGAGCAAGAAGAUCGUCGAGGACCGGACGAGAACGAGUGAGGCUGCGCGACGGCGGGCUCUGGCGGACGAUGCGACGGCGCGGGCGGCUGUCAUGCCGGAUCUGCGGCUGCGGUCACGGCAGGAGUAUCUCAAGAAGCGAGAGGCGGAGCGGCUGGCGCUGCUGCGACAACAGGUCGCAGAGGAGACGGCCGAGCUACGCGAGAAUCCCAAUCUGACCCGUCGGGAGAAGGAAGAGUUUGCGCGCAACCGGGAGGUGCUGCGGCUCGCGGAGGAGCGCUUACGGAUCGACGACCACCGUGACGGGUAUAUGAUGCCGGAGGACUACAUCACGGAGAAAGGCAAGAUCGAUCGGAAGAAGAAAGAAGAGGCGCUGUAUAAGCGAUAUGUGGACCGUGACGAGCGCGGUCAGGAGCGGUUCAUCACCGAGCACGAGGAAUGGGAGAUGGAGCAGACGGCCAAGGCAAAGGCGCAGAUCAAACGGGCAGAAUUCGUGGACGAGGGCGACUACGAGUAUGUCUUUGACGACUCGCAGAAGAUCAAUUUCGUCAUGGACACCAAGCUCGAGGGGACUCGCAAACCAUUGACGCAGGAGCAGCGGCUGCUUCAGGAGAAGCUGGACGCGGCGGAGAAGAAAGCGGCGUCGAUCGAGGAGACACGGAAGAGCUUACCCAUCUACCAGUUCCGGGAUCAGAUCAUCCAGGCGGUGCAUGAUCACCAAGUUCUGAUCAUUGUAGGAGAGACCGGUUCCGGCAAGACCACGCAGAUCCCGCAGUACCUCCACGAGGCCGGGUUCACCAAAAACGGUAUGAAGGUGGGAUGUACGCAACCGCGACGGGUGGCCGCCAUGAGUGUUGCGGCUCGUGUGGCUGAAGAAAUGGGAGUGAAGCUGGGCAACGAAGUGGGCUAUGCUAUCCGUUUUGAGGACAACACCAGCGACAAGACGGUACUCAAGUACAUGACCGACGGUAUGCUGCUGCGUGAGCUGCUAACCGAGCCAGACCUGGGCCAAUACUCCGCCCUGAUGAUCGACGAGGCCCACGAACGAACUGUGCCUACAGAUAUUGCCUGCGGUCUGCUCAAAGAUAUAGCCAAGGCGCGGCCGGAUCUGAAGCUCCUGAUCUCUUCUGCCACCAUGGACGCACAAAAAUUCCAGAAAUACUUUGACGAUGCACCCAUCUUCAACAUUCCUGGUCGUCGGUAUCCCGUGGACAUUCAUUACACCUCGCAGCCCGAGGCGAAUUACUUGGCUGCCGCCAUCACGACCGUUUUCCAGAUCCAUGUCAGCCAGGGGCCAGGGGAUAUCCUGGUGUUCUUGACCGGUCAGGAAGAGAUUGAAGCGGCUGAACAGAGUUUACAAGAGACGGCCCGCAAACUGGGGAGCAAGAUCCCCGAGAUGAUCAUCUGUCCCAUCUACGCCAACCUACCGUCUGAGCUCCAGACCAAGAUCUUCGAGCCCACCCCACCUAAAGCACGGAAAGUCGUGCUGGCCACGAACAUUGCCGAAACCAGUUUGACGAUCGACGGCAUUGUCUACGUCAUCGACCCGGGAUUCGCCAAGGAGAAUGUUUUCAAUCCGCGCACAGGCAUGGAAAGCCUGGUGGUGACACCUUGCUCGCGAGCGUCGGCGAACCAGCGAGCUGGUCGAGCCGGUCGAGUUGGGCCGGGAAAGUGUUUCCGCCUGUACACGCGAUGGGCUUACUACAACGAGUUGGAAGAGAGCACUACGCCGGAGAUCCAACGGACGAACUUGAGCAGUGUCAUUCUGAUGCUCAAAUCCUUGGGAAUCGAUCAGCUGCUCGACUUUGACUUUAUGGACCCCCCGCCGGCCGAGACGAUCAUCCGCGCACUGGAGCAGCUGUAUGCCCUGGGGGCGCUGAACGAUCGCGGGGAGCUGACCAAAAUCGGACGGCAGAUGGCCGAGUUCCCUACGGACCCGAUGCUAGCCAAGGCGAUCCUCGCAGCGGACAAGUACGGCUGCGUGGAGGAGGUCCUGUCGAUUGUGUCGAUGCUAGGCGAGGCCAGCGCUCUUUUCUUCCGUCCCAAGGACAAGAAGAUCCACGCGGACAGCGCGCGCAACAGGUUCACCGUCAAAGACGGCGGCGACCACCUGACGUUGCUCAACAUCUGGAACCAAUGGGUGGAUUCGGACUUCAGCUAUAUCUGGGCGCGCGAGAACUUCCUCCAGCAGCGGAGCUUGACACGCGCGCGCGACGUGCGCGAUCAGCUGGCGAAGCUUUGCGACCGCGUCGAGGUCACCAUCAGCACAUGCGGAUCGAACAACUACGUUCCCAUCCAGAAGGCGAUUACAGCCGGCUUCUUCCCGAACGCGGCACGACUGCAGCGCGGCGGCGACAGCUACCGGACGGUCAAGAACGGCCAGACGGUCUAUCUCCACCCAUCGAGUACCCUGUUCGAGGUCAACCCCCGCUGGGUGAUCUACUACGAACUCGUCCUGACGAGCAAGGAGUACAUGCGCAGCAACAUGCCUCUGCAGCCAGAGUGGCUGGUCGAGGUUGCGCCGCAUUACUACAAGAAGAAGGACCUGGAGACGCUGGGACUGGACCGCAAAGUCCCCAAGGGACAGGGUGCAGCCGGCGAGAAGAGCAAGGAUUAA